AUGGGAAAAGACGUACAGCUAAGGCCCAAGGUGAAUGUCUCGUCUUACAUUCACUUUAUGCUGAAUUACAGGAACAAAUUCAAGGAGCAACAGCCAAAUACUUACCUUGGCUUUAAAGAGUUCUCAAGAAAGUGCUCAGAAAAAUGGAAAUCCAUCUCGAAGCAUGAAAAGGCGAAGUAUGAAGCCCUAGCCAAGCUCGACAAAGCCCGGUACCAGGAAGAAAUGAUGAAUUACAUAGGCAAGAGAAGAAAGAGGAGAAAGAAAGACCCGCAAGCCCCAAGACAGCCUCCAUCGUCCUUCCUGCUCUUCUCCCUGGACCACUAUGCUCAGCUGAAGCAAGAGAACCCCAGCUGGUCAGUGGUGCAGGUGGCCAAGGCCACCGGGAAGAUGUGGUCCACCAUCUUGGAUGCGGACAAGCAGCCGUAUGAACAGAAGGCUGCACUUUUGCGUGCCAAGUACUUCGAGGAAGUGGAGAACUACCGCAAGCAAUGCCAGGGUCGGAAGCGGACCCGCCGGGGGUCGGCCAGAGCCAGUUUGAAAAAAUAA